CUUGUGAUGGCUGAGAGGUUGCUAAUGAAGCAUCUAGAUGCUCCCGGGAGAUGGUUACUGGAGAAGCACCGCCGACUUCUGAUGAACAAGUUCUGAGGGAAGUAUCUGAGGGAAAAGAAUCUCCACCGCUAUAUCAUCUACAGCGAGGAGGUUCAAGACGCAUUUGAGCACAAUCGAAGAUUGAGGAACCCGGCCACAACUUCUGUUCAAGAAGCCAUUCAUGGACUCUCAUACACUAUAUACGGGAAGCCAGAUGUAAGACGUCUAAUGUUUGAGCUUUUCGACUUUGAACAGAUCCAACCUAAAGCUGUAUGAAGACAAGAAAGACUAAUUGGAAUACUACAUGACAAGGGCAAGUCCAGUCUUCCUUCAAGACCAACUAUUAGUAGCAGGAUUUUUUCCCCAUUAUUGUUAGUACAGCAAAUGCAAUGCACCGAAGGAAAUGCAAUGUACAAAACAAAUUUUUUUAUUU